AGAGAGAGCGCACGAGCCGUGCUAUGAAGUGUCAGUGUACGCUACCGCAAUACAGGCAAACCAAAGACAGGUCAUUCUUUACUGCACGGGGGGAAAAACGAGUGAAGAAGAGAAGCGUUUUAAUCUAAACAACCAUUUUAUUAUCCUGCCCAGCAGCAGAUCUCUGGAGAGGAGGGCUGAAACUGCGCAGCGCUGCCCGUGAGAGGUGGAGCGGAGACACAUCUGAAACAUUCACAUUAAACUUCUCACCCCAUCGAGGCGCGGAUAGCACCUUUACUACAGACAACAUGGAAUAGAAGGACUCCGAGAGAAUCCUAACAACACAAAUUGAUGUUUUCUGCUGAAAAACCGUUAGAGGGGAAGAAACUGAUCCGUUAAAAUCAGCAUCAAGCUCUGUAGUGGAUUGAAAGAAGGAGCUCAAGAUGUCUGUACCGAAUGUGUUGGCAAAGGCCCUGUACGACAAUGUGGCAGAGUCUCCGGAUGAGUUGUCCUUUCGGAAGGGCGACAUCAUGACCGUCCUGGAGCGGGACACGCAAGGGCUGGACGGCUGGUGGCUGUGCUCGCUGCAUGGCCGUCAAGGCAUUGUUCCUGGCAACCGGCUGAAGAUUCUUGUGGGCAUGUAUGAUAAACAGCAACAGCAGCAGUUACAGCAGUCGUCGAACCAGCCCAGCCCAACCCAGAGCCAACUCAACCUGUCUCAGAGUGCCUACAACAAGCUCCCCCCCUCGUCCCAGUACACAGCCAUGCACCCCGCCUUCGCCUCCUCCAGCUCCGCCAACUCUAGCAACCCAGACGGAGUCUACAUGCUCCCCCCCAGCCACGGCCUGUCCACACCCUCUAGCCUCUACCAGGUGCCCACCGGCCCCCAACCUCCACAGCCCCAACCCAAAGCCCCCGCUGUGGCACAGAAACAAAGCCAGGCACAGUACCCUCCCACCCCGCAGGAUGUCUACCAGGUGCCCCCCUCCAUUAACGUUCCAGGCCAGGACAUCUACCAGGUGCCACCCUCUGCAGGAGGGCCGUGUCCCGGGCAGGAUGUGUACCAGGUGCCACCCUCUAUGAACCAGACACAGGACAUUUACCAGAUUCCGUCAUCAACAGAGAGGAGCUGGGACUCUCUCAAACCAAUGGGAAAGGUAGUUGUUCCCACACGGAUUGGUCAAGUGUACGUGUAUGACACGGGGAAAGAUGAACAGGAUGAGUAUGAUGUCCCCAGACACCUUCCACCCAUACAGGAUAUCUAUGACGUGCCGCCCACCCGCCCGCAGUACAAUCAACAGGUUUAUGAUACUCCUCCCAUGGCAAUGAAAGGUCCACCCAGUAGAGAUGGUCAGGAGAUCUAUGACACUCCACCUAUUUUGGAAAAGAGCCAGCUGCACUACCAACAAACGGUAUAUGACAUUCCUCCAUCUGUCAGCAAAGAUGUUCCAGAUGGUCCAAUCAGGGAGGAAACGUAUGAUGUUCCUCCUCACUUUGCCAAGAUGAAGAGCCUAGAGAAUCAGAACCAGGCCUAUCUGUCUCAGAUCCCUGGCGGACCCGAGCCUCCCAUACCAGAGGACGUGUAUGAUGUUCCUCCUCAUCAGCCAAUAGGAAAACGGCAGCCUGAGGGCCAGGAGAUCUAUGACAUCCCUGCCAGCCUGCGAAAGAGUGGCCCACAGGACCACCACCCUGCAGAUGUGUAUGACUUCCCCCGCGAACGGUCGGCAGUUGAAGAAUCGGCCGACUACGUCUACGAUGUGCCUCCGCUGGUGGGGCGUGACGCAGUGGCCACAGAGGAGCUCACGGUCAACUUUAAACGCCUAUCGGCGUCCAGCACAGGAAGCACUCGAAGUAACCUCUCCACGUCCUCUCUGGACAUGGUGCCGGUGCGUGAAUCUUCUGGGCCGGGUCGCCUGCUACUCUUGGAUCUGGACCAGGCCAUGGAGCGGCUGUCCCGUCAUCAACAGGCGGUGGAGAGCUCCGUGUCCCUCCUAAUGUCAUUCAUCAGUGGGAACUGGCGCAGCCCCACUCAGAUGGAGUCCAACCUCCCUGCCAUCCGACAGGCCGUGGAUCGCAUUCGUGUGGCUGUCAGGGACCUGCUGGAGUUCGCUAGAGGUGCCGUGGCCAACGCCACCCAGGCCACUGACCGCACGCUGCAGACCAAGCUCGGCAAGCAGGUGCAGAAGAUGGAAGAGGCCUUCCAAGGUCUGGUGAGGUACAGUCAGGCACUGGACUCUCUGGGCUGGUCCCCUGCAGCACUGAUGGCACCUUCUACAGGCACCGGUGGGGACGACCUAGACCGGCUGGUCAUGUGUGCCCGUGGCGUGCCCGACGACACCAAGCAGUUAGCGUCGUUUCUUCAUGGCAAUGCCUCUUUGCUCUUCAAACGGACAAACAAACAGCAACAACUACCGUUGCCACCCGUUCCCCAUACCGGUGACAUGCUGGGUCAGCUGACCAACAACAACAACAUCUCAGCCUAUCAGUCAGGCACACCUGAACGGGCCAACAUCCAGUCCCGCCCAUUACCCUCCCCUCCCAAAUUCUCAGCUGAGGAAGAGACUCCAGAUAGGCCGUACGGGACGACAGAGGAAGGUUGGAUGGAGGACUAUGACUACGUCCAUUUACAGGGUAAAGAAGAGUUUGAAAAGAACCAAAGACAGCUGUUGGAAAAAGGAAGCAUCAAACACAACAAGACUCUGCUGGAACAGCAACAGCUGAAGCAGUUUGAGCGGCUGGAGCAGGAGGUCUCCCGACCAAUCAACAAUGACAUUUCAGGCUGGACUCCGCCCUCUCACUACCCGCAGACGCCGCGCAGUAAGCUGUGCAUGGGCGACCGGCAGCUGCUGCUCUUUUACAUGGAGCAGUGCGAGGCCAACAUCACCACGCUCACCAACGCAAUCGACGCGUUCUACUCCUCCAUCAACAACAACCAGCCGCCCAAAAUCUUUGUCGCCCACAGCAAAUUCGUCAUCCUCAGCGCUCACAAGCUUGUCUUCAUCGGAGACACGCUCUCCAGGCAAGCCAAGUCUCCCGAGGUGCGCACCAGGGUGGCUCAGCACAGCAACACGCUCUGCGACAAGCUCAAAGACAUUGUGGUCAGCACCAAGACCGCAGCCCUGCAGUACCCCUCGCCAGGGGCCGCCAGAGACAUGACGGAGAGGGUGCGGGAGCUCUCGGGCUGCACCCAGCAGUUCCGCAUGGCACUCAAUCAGCUACUGGCCAUGUGAGUGCAGGGGUGAACGGGCCCCGGGACAGUACAGAGCCUCUUUUAAACUCACUGGACAAAUGUACCCUGUGCCAUGAGCUUUUUAUCUCCAAAAAGGACAAAAUGAUUAACGGGCAGAGCCAUUGGUUGUAAAUGAAUCACUGUAAAUAUUUAAGUUGCUGUAUGUAACGGGAUGAACGCAGACAUUUGAGGAACAUUUUGAACAGUGGAGGAGAAUAGAGAUGGAACAUAUCUAAAGAGUAGAUUUAAGACAUUAUGCAUUAUUAUAGCUAAACUGUAAUUAUUGCUCUGAUUAUUAUAAUUGUCAUCAUUAUUAUUAUGAGAUGCUGACUAAAGGUGUUUAAAAUUUUAAAGGUGUAUGUAGAAGUACAACCAUUUCCAUCAAAGAUCAGAUUUUUUUUUUAAUGAAUUGUGCCUGUUGAAAGCAAAAAUGGUGUUUAAUGUUUAUCCUCUUGCUGUUGUUCAAAGAGGCUGGGACAGUGUGAACGCAAAGCAUGCUGGGAGUCAGCCGAUUGACAGACGUGCUGCGUUUAAGUCCAUUUUUUAUGCCAUUCCCUCACUAACUUCCCUCUGUCUCAUUCACUCGGAUGUACAUCAUUGCUUACGUUGGAUGAGUGCCCUCUACUGGCGGAACCCUUGAAAUGUGUUUAAAUGGAAUGCCCUAAGCCCUUGAUCACUUGGAAUCUGCAAUGGAGCUGAUUUAUUAUUUACAGUUUUUUUUUUCCCCCUUACGAAUUUGUUUUACGCACCAUUCUUUAGACUUGUAUGUAUUUGGGCUGUUGGAGAAAAUAUGAAACAUUACACAAACGGAAAUGAUAAUACAAUAAACUGUGUAAAAAACAGUUAGCUUAAGGUAGCUACAAGUAUUAUGUGGUUAAAUGUCAAAAUAACUCCAAUGUGUGGGGUGGGGGUAAAUUAAGCAUAAUCUGCUGUGACAUCAGAAUCGUGUUGCAUUGUGGUCUAUGGAUCUGCCAGAAGUGUGCAUAUUGAGUAGACUCGCUCCCUCUGUCAAAAUCGAGGGGUCUGUCCAAAUAAUCUUCCCUCGCGAAACGAAGUUGAACGCACUUCAAAAUGGCGUCGGGCAUUCCCCUGUGCUUGGGGAUGUUCGCGAGUGUCUAAAAAUGGAGUUAAAUGCAGCCAUUCUUAUUUACUGUGAGAGUUCAGAUGACCCAGAUGUACCAGAGCAAAGCGUCAAAAGCAGUGGAGAACACAUCAUCCAAUUUGGACCACUUUAGGAAACAAAUGUAGUGAAAAAUCUGGAACAUUUUCUGAAUGCCUGUAAGCUCCACAAAUGCCUGCUCAUGGCUGCGCCCCUCUGGCAUGUUUUAGGCUAGUUUGAAACCUUAUCAUGUUGUUGUUGGAGAUCUGAUUAUGUUCUAGAGAAGAGUCAAUAUUCAGCAUCUUUUGACCUUCACUGUAGUGCCACUUCCUGCUGGACAGGUGCAUUGUGGCAUCACCGUCCUGAGAGGCCCUGAUUUAAUUUCUAACCUUUGUCUCUCAGAUAUCGCACCACAUUCAACAUAGACUGAGGCGUUCAGUGCACAAAUGUACUAUAUCCAAAACCAGCUUAUGUAAAACUCUUCCUCCACUGCAUCUGUUUCUGAAUGGAGACCUGAACCUCCUGCCUCAACCUCCCUAUCCUUGUCUUCUAGCUCCCUGUUGGUUGUAUUCUAAAUUUAAGAAUAUGUCAGAAAAAGUAGUUUAAUGAAACUUAUUAAACUUUUUAAAGUACUGCAACAUGUUGUUGUGCAUAUAGUCAAAAUCCUUAUCCAGUUGAGAAAAAAGAAAGAAAGAAAAAAGAAGCAUUUAAGCCAAACGUUGACCUGAUAUAUGUUGUACUGUUAUUCUGUUUUCAAAUCUGUGUUCAAGGAUUUGAAUGAUAUUGACAUAUAUGUUACUGUAAAUUGCAUAACUGGAAAUAUAUGUUUAAUAUAUUUUCAUUAAAAAAAAAAUAAAUUCCA